UUAAUUGUGAAAGUUUAAUUUUGUUGGUGUGACAAUUUAAUUUUACCCAAUACUUAACAGUUUCAUCAAUCAGUUAACAAUUUACAUGUAACUUUUUUAAUUGUUUUUCAUACUCUUAUAACUGACAAAUUUUCUUCUGCCUCAAAUAUACCAUAUCCAACAUAGAGUUUAUGUCAUAAUUUUCAACAAUUAAAUAAUCAAAAUGGUAAAAAGAUUCAGUGAAAUUAAAUCAAAAGGAGAUGAGCCAAUUGUGGAUGUUAAUCAAACGUUCUUCGAUGGUGAAACGGACUCAGUGGCCAAUAAGAAACAUGGAAUGGGAGUUUUAGUGACCAUUUUACUCAUCGCCGGUGAAAACGCAGGAUGUGGUAUAUUGGCCUUACCUUACGCCUUUGAUCAGGCUGGUUGGUACAGUUUACCGUUACUGAUAAUGUGUUGUCUUGACGCUGGAAUCUGUGGUAUCCUAAUUGGAAAAUGUUGGAUGAUUCUUGAAGAGAGAUGGCCUGAGUUUCGGGAAAAUUGUCGUUAUCCUUAUCCAGCCAUUGGUAAAAUGGCUUGGUCAAUUGCAGUGACUCUUAUAUUAGUUGAUGUUACAAGUGAUUAUGUUAAACUGGAAAAUCAUCCACCGACAUCACCACCGACAAUCGAGGCUAUUUCGUUAGCUUUUGGUACUUUUAUAUUCUCUUUCGGUGGAACUGCAGCUUUUCCGACUUUUCAAAACGACAUGAGAGAUAAAUCUAAAUUUACUCGUUCAGUUGUCAUCGGAUUUUCGACUCUUCUUGCGUUGUAUAUUCCAAUUGCGAUCAUGGGAUUCAUCACCUACGGUUUGGGUGUUAAGAAUAAUAUAAUUUUAUCGAUUCCAAAUGGAGUCAAGAAAGAUACAGCUAUUCUUUUAUUAUCUGGUCACCUUUUCUUUGCCUUCAUAAUCGUUAUAAACGGAGCUGUUCAAGAGAUCGAAGGAAAAUUCAAAGUACCAAAUUCUUUCGGUUGGAAACGAGUUAUUGUUCGAACUGCUUGUAUGACCUUCGUCAUGUUUAUCGGUGAAACAAUUCCUAGAUUCGGGAAAAUUCUUGACCUAAUGGGAGGAUCAGCGGUCACAAUGUUAGCUUAUAUUUUACCUCCUCUUUUCUACAUGAAAUUGUGUUCAAUGCAUAACGAAUCUUGGCCUGAAAGGAAAGUGACAAUUCUCGAAAAGAUUUAUUAUUAUAAGAUUAUAAUCGUCGGAGUAGUUGGUGGAAUCUCUUGUACUUUUUGGGCUUUAAAAGCAAUUCUGGCUCCUGGUGCAUUCUCAUUACCAUGUUACAUUGAUAUUCAUUGUUCAAAUGAAUGAAGGAAAUAACAAAAUCUCAUCUUUGAUUCUCUAGAUUUAUAUAUAAUAAUACCCGAUUUAUAAAAAGGCAAUGCUAAUUCGAGGUCAUCAAUCAUACGACAAGUACUCACAUAUAAGUGUAAAAAGUCUAAAGUAAAGUAAAAAUGCUUCUUGAUUAUUGUUACUAAAUCAUCAUCUUCUAAUCAUCAAAUGUAUCCGAAAGAUUUCACAGGUAACAGAAUGAAAAAUUGAACAACUUAUGGAAUUGCAAUACUUUUAUAUUUGAGACGGUCCGAUCCGAUUUAUGCAUUUAAAUCGAUUGCGAUCGAUUUUUGGCACAAAGAAAUCGAUCGAUCUGCAAAAACAUGUGACUUUAGGCCAAAAAUAUAAAGUUUAUAUACAGCAACUAAACCUCUCCUUGUACACAAAGUCCGACUUGGCUAGUUGGGGUAAUUCCUGACUAGUCCAAGUCCCUUUUGCAGGAUCGAAUCCCAAUUGAUCAACUUUUUUUUUUCUUCGCAUUUUUGUCUCAAUUGAUUGUUAUUCGAGAAAAAUUUAUGAUCAACUAAAUCACUGAGGUUGAUUCACUUAAUUAAGUUUAUUUUAAAUGUAAAUUUAUUCUUGAUAAAUUGUCCAAAAAUCUAUUACACUAAAUCUAAUACAAUUCAAACUAUUGAAAAAACAAACUUAUCAAUAUUUUUCUCGCCCAGACACUAGAUGGAGCAGUUAACUUACAAUUAACUAAUGAAAAAGUUUAAUCAUCAACAUUGAAAUUAAACUUUUGACAAUUAUGGUUGAUUCUUUUCAAGUAUAAACUGUAACAAUUAAGGUACAAUAAUUGUUUAUGAUCCUAAGUUUAAUCAAGUUCAAUUGUAUAAAAAAAGUUUUGAUAAAAUUUUCAUAUCGAUAACAAUUAUUAAUUAAAUUAAAACAAUUGUAAUGGUGAUUAUAAAAGAU